UCUGUUUGACAUAAACAGAGUAAUCAUUGAUGCUGUCUAACAUUAAUGUUCAUUUUUAAUCAUUAUGUUGCUGUUUAGAAAGUGAUACAGAAGAACCCAGAAAAUGCCUUACUUUGGUUCGGAGGAGACGGUAAAGGAGCUUAAACGUGCUCUGUCCAAUCCCAAUGUUCAAGCAGACCGUCUCCGCUACAAGAGCUACAUCACUAAAGUCAUCAGGUACAUGACGCAGGGUCUGGAUGUCUCUGCUUUAUUCAUGGACAUGGUGAAAGCCAGUGCCACGGUGGAUAUCGUUCAGAAGAAACUUGUAUAUCUGUACAUGUGCACUUAUGCCAGCGAUAAGCCUGACCUGGCUCUGCUGGCCAUCAACACACUGCGGAAAGACUGUGCUGAUCCCAAUCCCAUGGUGCGCGGCCUGGCCCUGAGAAAUAUGUGCAACUUCAGAAUGCCAGGAAUGACAGAGUACAUAGAGCAGCCCAUUGUUGCUGGUCUGCGGGACAAAGCCAGCUACGUGAGGAGAGUCGCUGUGCUUGGUUGUGCCAAAAUGCACAGUCUACAGCCCAACACGGAGAUAGAUGGCAGUCUAGUGAACGAGCUGUAUGCCCUACUGAGGGACCCAGAUCCAGUGGUGGUGGUGAAUUGUCUGCGGGCCCUGGAGGACAUCCUGAAGAAUGAGGGUGGAGUGGUUAUUAAUAAACCCAUCGCUCACCACCUGCUCAACAGACUAAAGGAUCUGGACAGCUGGGCUCAGAGUGAAGUCUUGACGUUCCUGCUCCGCUACUGUCCUCGAAAUGACGACGAGCUUUUCGACAUCCUCAGCCUGCUAGACCCCUUUCUCCAGAGCGGCCAAUCACAUGUGGCCAUCUCCACGCUCCGCCUCUUUCUCCAUCUGGCCGCCACCCACCCCGCAGUCCAGGCCGACGCCCUGCUGUGCUCCAGUGCGCCCCUGCUGGCCACGUGUGGCGCUGCGUCCCGGGAGCUGCGCUUUGCUGGACUGUGCCACAUUCAGCAGGUGAUGCGCAGCCAGCCUGCGUUAUUCAACACACACUACAAGCGCUUCUUCUGCGGGUACUCAGAGCCCAGUUACAUUAAAUUCAGGAAGAUGGAGAUCCUGGUGGCGCUGGUGAACGAUGAGAACGUGGCGUUAGUGUUGGAGGAGAUGAAGAGCUACUGUACUGAUGUGUCUGCUGAACUGGCCCAGGCUGCCAUCGCCGCUAUUGGGCGUAUAGGGCGAACAUACAGCGAGAAGUGUCUGGAUAUCCUGACCGGCCUGCUGGCACUAAAGCAGGACCACAUCACAUCCGCUGUGAUCCAGACCUUCAGGGAUCUGGUGUGGUUCUGUCCUCAGUGUACAGCCGCUGUGUGUCUGACUGUCGAGUCCUGUGUGGAUUAUCCUCAGGAUAGUGAGGGAAAGCAGGCUCUGUUGUGGCUGCUGGGCGAGCAUGCGGAUCAGAUCAGCAGCGCCCCCUAUCUGCUGGAGGUCUACAUCGACGGGCUGAAGACGGAGCUGUCUGCGGCGCUGAAGACGGAGAUACUGACCGCAGCACUCAAGAUGUUCCUGAGACGCCCUGCUGAGACUCAAGACAUGCUGGGCCGUCUGCUGCACUACUGCAUAGAGGAGGAGAGCGACAUGUGUGUGCGGGAUCGGGCUCUGCUGUACUACAGGCUUCUUCAGCGUGGAAUUGAAGAGACAAGGAAGGUUGUGACGGGCCCUAAAUCAGACCCAUCUCUGAGUGUCCUUACUAGUGCACACGAGGAACCCGUCAGUCAGUGGGUCUCGACGUUCAACACACUCGGCCCUCUGUCUGCAGCAGACCUACAGCUUCACAACACUGCUGUAUCAGCACCUGAACACGCUGACGACACUGCAGACACAGAGCUGCUCACAGAACACGUCCCCGUCUCCAUGUUGGACAUCUCAGAAGCGGGUGUCAGCCUGUGUGCGGGUGCUGCUGUGUCCCCCGAGGCCUUUGAGCAGAUGUGGCAGCAGCUGGAGGUCCUGCAGCGUCAGACAGUGUGUUUCUCUGGAUGCGCGGCGGACACACUCCAGAGCGCCCUGCAGACGAUGCACAUCCAGACUCUGGCCUUCAGCCCGGCCCGCGCACUGCCCUGGAGGGCCUACAUCUACAGCAGGGGCUCCGGGACGCUCAUCCUGGCAGAACUGCUGCAUGAUGACCCGGAGGCGCUGAUGGUGACUGUAAAACAGCAGCCAGAACACCAGCAGACCGUCACUGCAUUCAUCAGUGUGGUGCAGAGCGUCCUGCAGACUCUCAAUACAGGACACACAUGAGGAUGCACAAGUGUUUAAGUGAUGAGUUGUUUAUUUGCUAAGAGGCGACUCUAAUAAAAGAAGUAAACCUUUGGAUCAACUUUAAAAAACUUGUUACUGUAACAGAGGAAUGGGGGGGGGGGGAACUGGAGCAUACAGGUAAUCCAAAGAGUAGUAAGAUAACCAGGUGAAUGGUCAGGACAGGCGGCAAAACAACAUGAACAAUAAACUAAACUAGGAUCAAAAACACAGACAGACAGGAAAAAUGCUUAAGUAAUGCUCUACUAGGAAACAAGACUCAGCAAAGAUGUGUGUGCUGGGUUUAAAGUGCAGGCAAUCAGACAUCAUGAGACUCAGCUGUGUGAGAGUAAUCAGGGGUGAUCUGGAACUGGUGUGUGUGUGAGGUGCAUGAUGGGAUAUGUAGUUUAGUUCAGUGGCAAUUUUGUAGUUGAGAGUGUAUUCCAGCAAUCUGCAAAGGCUAAUCAUUUUUUCAUUCAUUCAUUCAUUUAGUUGAUCAGUUCCCCUAUAGCGCAUGUGUUUGGACUGUGGGGGAAACCGGAGCACCUGGAGGAAACCCACACCAACACGGGGAGAACAUGCAAACUCCACACAGAGACACCAACUGAUCCAGCCGGGACUCAAACCAGUGACCUUCUUGCUCUGAGGUGUUAAUGCUACCCACUGCGCCACCGUGAUGCCACUUCAUUAUUAUUAUUAUUAUUAAUAAUGUUAAAAUUCUUCCCAAAAGCUAGCACAGCAUCCCAGCAUUCAUCUGUGUGCUGCAGAGCAUCCUGCAGACUCUCAACACGAGAUGAAGAUCCACAGGCAUUCAAAUGCUGUAUUGUUUAUUUAGAUCAUCUAAAACAUAUGCUGGAUAAGUUGGCGGUUCAUUCCGCUGUGGCGACCCUAGAUAAAUAAGCCGAAAAGAAAAUGAAUGAAUGAAUAAACAUGGGACGCAUAUGAAGUUUACUAUAUUGUUUAUGUAGAUAGUUUAAUCUAUUGAGCGCCCAUGAGGAGACAUAAUCGCUCCGCUAUUGAAUUGCUUACUUAGACCAGGGGUGCCUGAUCAAACUUGGAGGGCUGGUGUCCUGCAUAGUUUACUUCCAACCUCAAUCAGACACACCUGAACCAGCUAAUCAAGCUCUUACUAGGUAUGCUAGAAACUUUCAGGCAGUUGUGUUGAAGGAAGUUGAGGUAAACUGUGCAGUUUGGACAUCCCUGACUUAGAUUGUCUAAACUAAGAGACGCCCUUGAAGAUACACAAGUGUUCAGCUGUGGUGUUGUUUGCUUAGAUCGUCUAAUGGUGUUUCAACAAAAACAUUUGAACAUGUGCAGUAAAGAAAACAGGGAUGGAAUAGGAUCAACUUAAAAAAUCUAAUUAAUAUUAAAAAAUCUGUCCUGCAGACUCUCAAUACGGGACACAUGUGAAGAUACACAAGCUGUAACUGUUGUAUUGUUUUUUUUAGAUCGUCUAGACACAGGACACCCAUGAAGUUUACCAUAUUGUUUACUUAAACUGUCUAAAAGCGUCUCAACCAAAACAAACACACACACACACCACUGGAAGACUGGAACUGGAAGACUAGUCAGGAUAGAGGGAAAGAUGAAUGACAGCUGUGAUAAGCAUACAUAAAAUCUCCUUCAUCUUCACGACACGUGUCAUAUCAUGAUUAUAAAGGUGUCAUGACAGUCUUAUGAACACCCCUGCAAUUAAAGUGUUACCAACAUGUCCAGUUGAUCUCUUCAGUGUGUUUAUUAAUGAAUAAUUCCGAUAAUAAACAUGUGCAGGCUUUCAUUUAGCAUCUAAUGCAUUGCUUGCCUGUUCAGUGAUUGCAUCUUUUUCCAUGUGGAUAUGAUGUGUCACUUCAACACAUUAUGUCAUGUCAACAUGCGGUCGUGUCAUAGAUAUGAUCAUUUUGAGAUGAUGUGAAGUUGUUUACUUGUUCUGAAAUGUUUGUUUGUGUCUCGUUGCCCUAAAGGUGCGCUCUCAGCAUUUCAUCA